ACUACCUUCCUGGCUGGAAACGUUUGAGAGGGUAUCUAAGCGUUGGGGAGAUCUUUCAGGGGAUCGUAUACUUUCUCCACCAGGGCUUAACGUUCCCGCCAGGUGAACCUUUUAGUUCCCUGUAUCCCGGAGACACACCACGUUGUUAAGCCGCUUUCGAGAGCAGAUGUAAAUCGCCAACAGCAGGGAGUGCACGCACGUCAAUCGCCUUCCCCGACAUUUGUCGUCUGCUGACAGCAGCGCGCGCUUUGUCAUGGAGCAGACGACAUGUUAGGAGUUGGGAGAUAGGCUGUGCGAUAGCGUGUUCAUCUUGAUAAACCCCGUACUUACCUUCACCAGGCAAAUCUAAGGCUAUCGAAGGACAACAGGAAAGAUUUAGCGUAUAACCCUAGCUUUCUGGCCAACCUACCAGAAGGCAACAAAUAGACCGUCAAUACGUGCACGCUAUAGUGUUUAUGUUCAUUUGUGCUGGGCAAUAAUAGCUAGCACGACACCAAGACCAACACGCAAGCUUCAAGUUCAAUUAGUUCUCUGACCGCUGGAUGAUAAUGUUUAAGACGCACUGAAUUCCACGUUGUGGUGAAAAACCAUGUCCAUUGAGGAAAACAGGUAAAUAGAAACGGGUAACGAUUAUUUUUAUUGGCUUGACUGUCAACGAAGGCGUGACUGACAGUGUAUCCGUUCGUUUCUGGACAUUGAAAUUGUUCAAGUAAAAAGCUAAACACCCUUUCCUAGAUCGAAAAUGGCGGACAGGUUGGCAGUGACCAAUAGGACAUCCCGACGGAGAGGGACGCUGAAGAGAUUCACCACAGUUAACAACGGAGCAGUGGCUCAGACAGGAAGCAGGAGACCCGCUCAGGAGAACAGGUCCGAUACCUCGGAGAACCGCCAAAAGCGGGUCAGCCUCCACGUGGAGAACACUUACAGGAUGCAGCCUUCAUCGGAGGAGCGGUUCUCCGUGACAAAGAUGGAGAACCUUAUGUCGGAAAUACUGGACAGCAGACUCAAAGACACUACGUACAAUGGCGAAAAAUGUUCUGAAUUGGCCAAAGAGCUUGUAUGUACCAUUAUUGCAAAAACUAAGGAGUUCCAGUGGCAGAGGUAUAAGCUGGUUGCUCAGGUCCAUAUAGGCCAGAAUGACAGUCAGGCGGUUCAAGUCGCCAGCAGGUGUAUCUGGGACCCUAGUUUGGACAGCUAUGCCUGUGUCUCAUACAAGAAUACUUCUCUGUUUGUUGUUGCAUCUUGCUACGGGAUAUACUUUGAGUGAUGAGUGAUCAGAUAUUUAUUGCAAUAUUUAUAUGGUAUUUGAUUAUAGGGCAUUGUUUCAAUGCUAUCUUCAUGAUUCCAUCAUCUAUGAGCUGUCAUCUCUUGGACUUGGUUUCGGCUUCAUAAAGACUUACUUAUGUGAAGACGGAAAUGGGAAUAAAGUAAAAUUCACUAUCA